UAAAUGCGCUGAACAUUUGAAAAACUUGUCUCUGUGAAAAUAACCAAAACCAAUACCACUUGAUGCUGCAAAAUUCCCCCCUGUAGUAGUGGUUUAUCCAAAUCGAGAAAAUUCCUUUUUCAAAAGAUUGAAAUAAAUAAAUCGAUCAAACAAAUGAUACGCAUAACACGCCUACAAAAUAAAGUGAAAUUUUUUGCGGAAAUAAAAAUUUUAUUUCAAAAUAAAAUUCAACUAAAAAUCAUUUCAAUAAAUUAAAAACGCAUUUCGUAUUUAAAAGAGAGAGAGAAAAUAAAAAGAGAAAAUGAAAAAUUCAAAUUAAAUUUCGUUAAUGCUGAAAAAUUUAUAAUCCAGUGCGCUUGUGUGUGUGUGCCUGCCAGCGACACAGUGAGAGUGGAAACCAAUCAAUUUUUUUGAGUGUAGCUAAAAGUGGAAGCGAAAAAUUCAAGUGAAACAUGAAUUUUAUUGGUCGCCACGAUCAUUUGGGCGGUUAUCGGCGUGUGAAUAAUACCACCUACGGCAUACCGCUGUGGACCAAAGAUGAAACUCCCAAUUUUGUCAAAGAAAGUGUUUCAUGGAAGUGGCAUAAGGGUUCGCGUGUCAGCACCAUCAAUGAUUGGCUACAAAUAAAAAUCGGCGGCGAUGAGGAGGUCAAAAAGAAAAAACGAAGACAACAGCUGAAUCGCAUUAAAUCAACGAAAUAUACAUUCAUCACAUUUCUGCCACAAAAUUUGCUCGAGCAAUUUCGUCGAAUAGCAAAUUUUUAUUUUCUAAUUAUGACAAUCAUAUCAUUGCUAAUUGACAGUCCAGUAUCGCCAAUGACAUCACUGCUGCCAUUAGUUUUUGUAAUUGCAGUAACGGCAGCUAAACAAGGCUAUGAAGAUAUUCUACGUUAUAAAACCGAUAAUAUAGUUAAUUGCUCACCGGUGACCGUGAUACGCAAUGGCGUGGAGGAACACAUCGAAUCCCAAGAAGUGGCACCCGGCGACUUGGUUUUGGUGGAGCGCGACUGUGAUGUACCCUGUGAUCUGGUAUUGAUACGUUCCUCCGAUCCUCAUGGCAAAUGUUUCAUAACCACUGCCAAUUUGGAUGGUGAAUCCAAUUUGAAGACCCUCAUGGUGCCCAGGGACUUGCCCAUGGUGGAUUUGGAUAAAAUGCACAAACUGGGUGUAAUUGAAUGUGAAAGUCCAAAGACUGAUUUAUAUAGUUUUAAUGGUAAAAUUGAAUUAUCAGGUUCUGAUGGUAGAGUACUACCGCUAACAGCGGAAAAUGUUCUAUUGCGAGGAUCAAGAGUUAAGAACACCGAAUGUGUGAUCGGAUGUGCCGUCUAUACGGGUAUGACCACAAAGCUGCAGCUAAAUUCAAAGCUCACAAGAAAUAAGACGGCCUCUAGUGAGGUGUAUAUCAAUCGAUUUUUGAUCUUCAUUCUGGUGACUUUGAUUGUGAUAGUCACGGUGUUAUAUUUCCUUAAACGUUACGAUGAGCUCUUUGUCAUACCUAAUUUGGCCUACUUGGGUCCACCAGCCGAUAGUUAUAGUGUCAAACAAUUCUUGCAGGAUUAUCUGUCAUUUUUGAUUCUCUUCAACUAUUUGAUACCCAUUUCGCUGUAUGUCACAAUUGAAAUGCACAGAGUAUUAGGUGGUCUCUUCAUGGAAUGGGACACCCAGUUGUACGAUGAGGCCACGGAUCAGCCUUGCAUUGUGAACACCUCGAAUUUGAAUGAGGAAUUGGGACAGAUUAACAUUUUAUUUUCGGAUAAAACGGGUACCCUAACGAAAAAUGAGAUGAUUUUCCAACAAUGCUCCAUAGCGGGUAGGAAGUUUUUGUAUAAAAAGACCCGAUUGCAGGAGGAGGGUACUGCCUAUCAAGUGGACAUUAAUAAAUUUAAUAAAGACCAAAAAAACUUUUUCCAAGCCCUGGCCAUUUGCCACACCGUACAAGUGGCCGGUGAAAUGAACGGCAAUGGCACCGCUGCAGCCGCCCCAAAUGACAAGCCCAAAUCUCCUGAGUCCAUAGCAAAAGCCAGUCCUUCAGCUAUCCCAGCUGCCCUCAUGGGAGGUGUAUUAGCCACAAAGUAUUCCAUAUCAGAUAUCACCGAAGAAAGUCACAAUUCUAGUCAACAAAGUGAUGUGAAUUCCUUGGAAACAUCCUUAUCAACUGAUCCCAAUGGUCUACCCAUAGCCAUGUCCACGCCUACACAAACCACCUCUGAUGUCAAUCCCUUAUUGGAUGACACCGAAAAGGUGGAAAGACGCAAACGGCCUCAAAUUGUCAAGAGGAGUCCCAACUUUGCUCGAGCCACGCAUUCGCGAGUACACCCAAUGUCGAUGCCAGCGCAAGGCUUUGAAAUGGUUAAUGGAGGUGAUAGAACUGUGAUAUUUCCCUCAUCGCUGCAAAGUAUACCCACGGGACGACCAUUGUCAAUGCAAUUUAAACGUUCUACCUCAGAAAUGGAUUUGCCCGAGUACGGAGGUGCUGCCAAUGGCGCUGCAGGUGCGGGUGGUGCUUCUGGUAUUUUAGGACAUCGUCGUUCGCAGUCUUAUGGAGCACCGGGCGCAUACAUAACACAAGCAGCUACACCCGGGGUUGUUUAUCGCACUUCCAGCACAACUUCAAGAGAAUCCUAUGCAGCCCCAAAUUUCCAAAGACAACCCACUAUACUAAUUCGAGCCGAGUCACAGAGGAGAAAAAAUGAAAUUAAACAGGUGGUGCACACCCUAGAUUAUCAAGCCUCCAGUCCCGAUGAGAAAGCCCUCGUUGAGGCCUGCGCCCAUUUGGGCUUAGUCUAUAUUGGUGAUGAUGAUGAAAUUCUCAAAGUACGUGUUGUACCUCCCCACAUGGACUAUAGUCGCCCGUUUAGUGUGGGCAAAGUGAACGAAAUGAAUUUCGAUAGAUUGCAUGUGCUGGAAUUCACCUCCGAUCGCAAAAGGAUGAGUGUCAUUAUCAAAGAUGAGAAUAAUGUCAAAUGGAUUUAUACCAAAGGUGCUGAAAGCUAUGUUUUCCCCCUGUGUGGCAAUCAUGCGAGUGAAAUGAUUAACAAAACGGAUGCUCAUAUCAGUGAUUUUGCUCGUUUGGGUUUGCGAACAUUGGCCAUUGCGAGGCGUAAAAUUGGCGAAGAUGAAUACAAACAGUUUUUGGUGGAAUUAAAUGAGGCUAACAGUUCAUUGGAGAAUCGUAAAGAGUUGAGCGCGAAAUGUUAUGCCAAAAUCGAGAGUAAUUUGGAUCUUUUGGGUGCCACCGCUGUUGAAGAUGCCCUGCAGGACGAAGUAGCCGAUACUUUGAUUUCCCUACAAAAGGCUGGCAUUAAAAUCUGGGUACUUACUGGAGACAAAGUUGAGACUGCCUUGAAUAUAGCCCUUUCGUGCGGUCAUAUACCCCAAAAUGCCAUAAAGUAUUUCAUUAUCGAUUGUAGCCGUAAGGAGGAUAUGUUGGUGCAUCUUAAUGCCUUAGAUCGUGAGAUUGUCUUUGGCAUGGGUCACGAUUGCGCCCUAUUAAUCGAUGGCAAAAGCUUGGCAAUAGCCUUGACUGAAACGCCGGAUGAGUUUCGAGAUGUCACCAUUAAGUGUACAGCGGUACUCUGUUGUCGUCUGAGUCCUUUGCAAAAAAGUGAAGUGGUUUCUUUGAUUAAAACUGCUCCUCAGAAUUUCAACACCGCCGCUAUAGGUGAUGGCGCAAACGAUGUCAGUAUGAUACAAGAGGCUCAUGUGGGUAUUGGUAUUAUGGGCAAAGAGGGAAGACAAGCAGCCAGAUGUGCCGAUUUUGCUUUUGCCAAAUUUUGUAUGCUGAAGCGUUUGUUACUUGUCCAUGGCCAUUAUCAUACAACACGAUUGUCACUGUUGGUCUUGUACUUUUUCUACAAGAAUAUCUUUUUCAUGGGUAUUAUGUUCCUAUUUCAAUUCCAUACGCUGUUCUCCUCAUCAUCAGUAUACGAUUCCUUGUUUUUGACAUUGUAUAAUGUUAUAUAUACAUCAUUGCCGAUCUUCUUUAUAUCGCUGACGGAGAAACCGUACACAGAGGAGACUUUGGCGAGAGAACCUGAACUCUACAAAAAGAAUACCAACAACAAACAACUACAUUGGCCUUUCUUUUUGGCUUGGACUUUAUAUGCCAUCUACCAUUCGCUGAUUUGUUUCUACUUUGCCUUCUUUAUAUUCUCCACCAAUGAUGUUAUACUCAAUGUUGGUCAAACUGCAGAAUUUUCAUGCUUUGGAACUUUGCUCAUGCAAUUGGUGGUGAUUGUGGGAAAUUUGAAAUUAUGGCUAGAAUCAAAAUAUCUUAGCUAUUGGUAUAUAGUAACCAUAAUAGGAUCUAUAUUGGCGUUUAUGGUAACCACAGUGAUUUACAAUGUGAUCGACUUCCAUUAUGAUACCGACAUUUACUGGGCCUACAACAAACUACUGAGUUCCAUACCUGUAUGGCUAUUCUGUAUCUUGACCACUGUUGCCUGCCUACUGCCCGACUUUACAUUCCGUAUGGCCAAACGAGGCUUAAAUUUGCCAAAGCGUAGCUUCUUCCCUGGCAAAGAACGUUUGCGAUUGCUGCAAUUGCAGCGUAACAAAACUCAAUCGACACACUUAUAGUUUACAACUAAAACCAAACUGAUGAGGGAGCUGAUAUGGAGCAAUAUAC